AUGCAUUCCGCCCGAUUGACCUUUCUCUACCCGCCCCUGUUCCGGACGAUACGCGUCGCCGAGGGCGCCGCCGCGAACGCCUCGAGGUCGUCAUCCCCAUCAUCAACGACACCAUGCCGUGGACGAGCGCCGGCCGAGGUCCGGCUACGGGGGUACGCUGCGUUCGCCCCGACGACGGGGGCGCGGCAGUCCGGGUUCGCGCCGCGGCACGGCAAGGGCGUUGAGCCGGUGACGAAAAUGGACGAGACGACGGUCGGGGCGUCCAAGGGGGAUGCCAUCAGUGGGCUGGACCCGAAGACGGCGAAUACGACGACGACUAAGACUGCUACAACGGCGACGGGUACGACGGCGGCGGCGGCGGCGACACCGAGUCAGACAGCCGCGCCGGGAGAAGAUAACGAGGCCGGCGAGGCCAAGGCGGCGAAGCAGGAGGCGCGCGACCAGGCCAAGAAGAGCGGACCGCUAGAGGCGAUCCUUCACAUGGGCCCGCCCGAGGAGGCGGUUGCGGUGGCGGUGUCGGGCGCGGGGCAGCGGCCGCACAUGGCGCCGCCGCCGUACGUGCACCACUUUGACAGCUACUCGCUCGUCAAGGACCUCGAGCGCGGCGGGUACAGCAAGAAGCAGGCCAUCACGCUGAUGAAGGCGAUCCGGGCGCUCCUGGCGCAUAACCUGGACGUCGCGCAGGAGAGCCUCGUGAGCAAGAGCGACGUCGAGAAUGAGACGUAUCUCUUCCGGGCGGCGUGCUCGGAGCUGAGCACCGAGGUCAAGAACAACCAGAAGCUGGCGGACGAGGAGAUGCGGCAGAGGCGAACGCUGCUGCAGCACGAGGUGGACAUUCUUGCGCAGAGCCUCAACCAGGAGCUGCUCACGCUCAACGACAACGUCCGCGGCAUGUUCAACGACCGCAAAAUGGCGGUGCGGGAGGAGCAGAAGGCCGGCGACAGCGUGAUCCAGCAGAUCAACUACAAGAUCAGCUUGCACCUCAGCAGCGACGCCAAGUCGGAGAUCGAGGGCCUGCGGUGGAUCCUGAUCCGACGGUCCGUCAUCGGGAUCCUGUUCAUGGCGGUGCUGACGCUGGGGACGCUGCGGUACGGCACGUACGUGAGCCACGCGCGGCAGGCCGAGGCGGAGCGCCUCAGGAAGCAGGCCGAGAUGCUCAAGAUGGCCGACGGCAAGCGGGACCACAGCUCGGCGCCGGACGCGGCGGAGAUUUUGGCGGCGAACUGA